CAGAGUUCAUCACAAUCGCGGUGGGAGGGGGACCGUGCAGGAGUUACACUCGUUCCUGUAUUGAUGAGCCUUUCACCGCUACUGGAACAUUUAAUGCAAUACCCGAGUAUUCCUCGAUACCUCCAACACUAGUGAACGCCAGAGCCAAGUCUGUCAUCAUGUCUGGUGGUCCAGCGGUGAGGAUCAGCAUCGAGUCUUCCUGUGAGAAGCAGGUGCAGGAAGUGGCCCUGGAUGGGACAGAGACCUAUGUCCCUCCUCUAUCCAUGUCCCAGAACUUGGCAAAGUUGGCACAAAGAAUUGACUUCAGCCAGGGAUCCGACUCAGAGGAGGAUGUUGAGGGAGAACCCAAGGACCGAGAAUGGGGCAAGCAGGAUGGAGAGGAGGAAGAAGGCACAGUAAAAUUUCAGCCGUCUCUUUGGCCCUGGGAUUCGGUGCGUAACAACCUCCGCAGCGCCCUCACAGAGAUGUGUGUACUCUAUGAUGUGCUCAGCGUGGUGAAGGAGAAGAAGUACAUGGCUUUAGACCCCGUGUCUCAGGAUCCAGCAGCUGGAAAGACACCACAAGUUUUCCAGCUGAUCAGUAAAAAGAAAUCAUUGGCCACAGCAGCUAUGAUCCUUCAAAAGGGAGCAGAGAAGCUCAGUAAGUCAGUCACAGAGAACCAGGAGAACAGGAGGCAAAGGGAUUUCAACUCUGAGCUGCUGCGGCUGCGCUCACAGUGGAAACUACGCAAAGUUGGAGACAAGAUCCUGGGAGACCUCAGCUACCGCAGUGCAGGCUCCCUUUUCCCCCAUCAUGGCACAUUUGAAGUGAUCAAAAAUACUGACAUUGAUCUGGACAAAAAAAUCCCAGAGGAUUACUGCCCACUGGACGUCCAGAUCCCCAGUGACCUGGAGGGGUCUGCUUACAUCAAGGUGUCCAUUCAGAAACAAGCUCCUGACAUUGGUGAUCUGGGAACCGUCAGCCUUUUCAGACAACAGCAAAAGAACAAAGCUGGUACGCAGCAAUGGCACGUGAAACUGGAGGCGGCUCAGAAUGUUUUGCUCUGUAAGGAGAUCUUCGCCCAGCUGUCCAGGGAGGCAGUUCAGAUCAAAUCCCAGAUCCCUCACAUUGUUGUGAAAAACCAGAUCAUCUCACAGCCAUUCCCAGGUCUGCAGCUGUCAAUCUCACUGUGCCACUCUACGGGAGAGAAGAAAAACAACCGGGCAUCUCCAGAGAAACCCAAACCGGACGACCACCUUUACGUACUAGAACACAAUCUGCAUCAGAUGAUGAGAGAGUUUCACAAGCAGCAGCUGAGCUCUGUGGUGAUACCGCACCCUUCUAGCGCUCCCUUUGGGCACAAACGUCUGCGUUUGGCAGGGCCACUGGCCUAUGACAAGGCAGAAAUCUCCAGUUGGCAGCAGACUGAGGGGCUGCUGGAGAAGAUGAUCAAACAGGCCAAACACAUCUUCCUACGUCGCAGGACGGCACGUACCAUCGAUAGUCUGGCCAGUCGGAUUGAAGACCCGCAGAUCCAGGCUCACUGGUCCAACAUUAAUGACGUAUACGAGUCCAGUGUCAAGGUGCUCAUCACUUCACAAGGCUACGAGCAGAUCUGCAAGUCCAUCCAGCUGCAGCUGAACAUCGGUGUGGAGCAGAUCAGGGUGGUGCACAGAGAUGGACGUGUGGUCACGCUGUCACACCAGGAACAGGAGCUGCAAGACUUUCUCCUCUCACAGAUGUCGCAGCAUCAGGUACAUGCAGUUCAGCAGCUGGCUAAGGUGAUGGGCUGGCACGUCCUGAGCUUCAGUAACCAUGUAGGUCUGGGCCCAGUGGAGAGCAUCGGAAAUGCCUCCGCGGUCACUGUUGCCUCUCCCAACGGAGAGUACGCCAUCUCAGUACGUAACGGCCCAGAGAGCGGCUGCAAAGUUUUGGUGCAGUUCCCUCGCAGCCAGAUCAAAGAGCUGCCAAAGAGCGACGUCAUCCAGGACGCCAAGUGGAGCCACCUCAGAGGGCCGUACAAAGAGGUCCAUUGGAGCAAGAUGGAGGGCCGAAACUUUGUCUACAAGAUGGAGCUCCUCAUGGCGGCGCUGACUCCCUGUCCUUAGGUGCUGACUCUGUCUGCUGACUCCUCCCACACACAAAAUAACAGUUUAUUUAAAGAGGACAAUCUUCCUUCAUAGACUCUCUUCCUCACAUUUGAAAGAAUCGACAGCACUUUCAUUUCUUUUAUUUUUUAACCAACUUGUGGACCGCCGUAAAGUCUGUCCACACAAGUGUCCUCUGCCUGUUGCUUAUAGUGUAAGGUGUGGACUGUGUGUAUAUACCUCAAACAGUUUGAUACAAAAUAAAAAGCAGUCUGUCUAUAUA